AUGAAGAUCCAGAACAGAGUCAACCAGGAGAGCUCAGAGGCUCCCAGUGGUCAGUCUGCCCGGCAGCAUCAAACACACCUGGACUCCAUAUUUAUGCUGCUGAAGGAGGACAUUUUCACUUUUGUGAAGAACGAGCUGAAGAAGAUGCAGAAGGUUCUGAGUUCAGAUUACCCAGAAUGCUUAGAGAGUCAGAGGGAGGAUGAGGAGGUGUUGGACGGUGAGGAUGAAGAGCAGAGGAGGAGCAGCAGAGAGGCAUUUCUGAAGAUCACACUGCACUUCCUGAGGAGAAUGAAGCAGGAGGAGCUGGCUGACUGUCUGCAGAGCAGAAGUCAUUCUGGAGUUUGUCAGCGUAAACUUAAAUCUAACCUGAAGGAGAAGUUCCAGUGUGUGUUUGAGGGGAUCGCUAAAGCAGGAAACCCAACCCUUCUGAACCAGAUCUACACAGAGCUCUACAUCACAGAGGGAGGGACUGCAGAGGUCAACGAUGAACAUGAGGUUAGACAGAUUGAAACAGCAUCCAGGAAACCAGACAGACCAGAAACAACAAUCAGACAAGAUGACAUCUUUAAACCCUCACCUGGAAGAGAUGAACCAAUCAGAACAGUGAUGACAAAGGGAGUGGCUGGCAUUGGGAAAACAGUCUUAACACAGAAGUUCACUCUGGACUGGGCUGAAGACAAAGCCGACCAGGACAUACAGUUCACUUUUCCAUUCACUUUCAGAGAGCUGAAUGUGCUGAAAGAGAAAAAGUACAGCUUGGUGGAACUUGUUCAUCACUUCUUUACUGAAACCAAAGAAGCAGGAAUCUGCAGGUUUGAAGAGUUCCAGGUUGUGUUCAUCUUUGACGGUCUGGAUGAGUGUCGACUUCCUCUGGACUUCCACAACAAUGAGGUCCUGACUGAUGUUACAGAGUCCACCUCAAUGGAUGUGCUGCUGACAAACCUCAUCAGGGGGGAACCUGCUUCCCACAGGAGGAGGACUACUUCAGGCAGAGAUUCAGAGAUGAGGAGCAGGCCAGCAGCAUCAUCUCACACAUCAAGACAACACGAAGCUGCCACAUCAUGUGCCACAUCCCAGUCUUCUGCUGGAUCAUUUACAGUAUUUUUGGCAUUUUUAUCGAACUAUCAAUCUCAGUAAAGUAUGUUUAAAUGGGUUAGUGGUGUCCUGAAUGUUUUUGGAACUGUUCCUUGCACAGAAACUAAUAAACAACACAAAAAUCAGCAGAAAUGUUCAUAAAAAAGUGGAAAUGUUGGAUUUCCGUGUUUCUGAAUGUAGUUCAGUGAGACACUGCUGCCAUCCAGUGGACAUCAGGGAAAACGUCAUCAUAACGUCAUAAAGGAGGUAUUCGGCAGUACUUGUGUGUUAUGCUAAAUUAUGUUUCUCAUACAUAGAGAAUUAAUACGUUUUAAAGUAUAGGUUUCUACAUAUAUUAUAUGUGCAUAAGUGACCCUAUAUUAGAAAUAUCAGAUGUUUAUAUGGGGCCAAAAGACUCAUAUCAGACUAUUUAGAUUCACAAACAGAUACACAGUGUCAAACAUGGUUUUAAUUUUAAAAGACAACCUGCUCUUUGUUUUGCAAAGGUGUCCUCAUACUAUGCUGUGGGUGUCUGCAUUAUGACAUUUUAAAAAAAGACUUAUUUGUGUAUAUUAAAUCCCUGAAGAGGAAUGAAGUCUGGUAAUAUUCAACAUUUAUAUUCUUGUCGACAAACCCCAUGUGCAAACCAAACCAGCAGUGAAUGUGUCUGCUAACAAGUGUUGUGUGUGUGUCACAGCCUGAUAUAUCUUCUUCCUUUUCUCAUUUAUCGGAAGCAUUCUUUCAAAAAAAAAAACUAACUGUUGCUGGUGUGUUUUUAACUCUAUCUAUACACCGCCUACCACGUCACAUUUGUCCUCCUGACUAAAGCCGAAAAUAAACCUGCUUUCGCUUAAAUAAAGAAAGCUUCACGACUGAGAGUAUCAAGCACAAACACUUCCAAAGUAGUAUUUCUGAUCUUAAUUAAAAAUGAUAAAGGCCUUUUUAAGGAUACGAUUGAUCCAUUUCCAACACGACUACACUGUAAGAGACAGGAGUGAAAAUGCACACCACUCGAACAAAUGCAUUGUGUUCAGUUCAGGGGAAGUUAAUCUGAGGCUUCAGCAGUCUGAGUUAGACAAAUCAAGUGGGGAUCUUCCAAACUUCGUCUUUUUUCUACAGAACUCCCUCUUUAUGUUUCCACAGACUGUUUCCUUGCUCAGCCGGGGCGGAGGGAUAUGUCUUGGUGGUCACUUGGACGUUUGUUGCCGCCACAACAACAUAUUAUAAUUCAACAUACAUAUGGCAUCUGAGUACUGUACGGAAACAUCUGAACGUCUGUUUUAAAGUCAACUGGGUAAAUCCAACACAUCAGCUGUCCAGUGUGUCUCAUCAAAGUUUGUCGAAAGACUUGUGAUUUAACUGAAAUAACACAAAUACAGUACGAGCAGUUUAAGAAUCCACUGUUUUACACAAGAGAUCAAUUCAAGGUCCAUUGAAUUAGAAAUAAACUGUGUUAUUGGGAGGUAAGUCAAGUCAUUUAAUUUAACAAUCACAUUUUAAAACAACAGACGUUGACCAUAGUGCUGUAGAGUUGACAUGAAAUUCUUUUAGACAUUUUUAACCAAUUUUGAAUCAAUGAAUACAGGUAAUAACAAAAAAGCACAGUUCCUGGAAAACGACGAAAUAAUGUAGACAC